AUGUAUAAAUCGCACGGCAGUGGGGCGGUGCGGAUGGGGAGGAUAUUGGAAGAUUUGGACUCGCUCGCGGGAAACAUCGCGUUUUUUCACGCAGACGACGACGACGAUACGACAAAGACGCCGCAGUUGGUGACGGCGAGCGUCGAUAGAGUGCGACUGAAUCGACCUUUGUCGCUAGAUAAGGAUGUGGUAUUGCGGGGGGAGGUGGCGUUCGUGGGGACGUCGAGUAUGGUGAUUCGUAUGGAGGCGGACGACGACGGCGCCGUCGAGGAUGCGACGGUGGACGACGACCGCACGGAACCGGCAUUGGCGGCAGAUUUUACCUUCGUGGCGAGAGAUCCGGAGACAAACAAAUCAUGGCCGGUAAACCCGUUGGUUUGCGUGUCGAGGCGACACAAAGAACGAGCGCAAGAGAUUCAAGCGUCGAUUUUGCGCAAGCGUUUGAGAUCGAAAAAGGGCGACGCCGUGUUGAACGAGACGCUCAUAAAACAUCGAACGGAGUGGGUGCGCUCGAUUCGUGAACGCGCAUGCUUGAACCAAGAGAUGCCAGCGUUGACUGCCGGUUAUAAUGAAGUCAUGACGACGCAGACAAUGGCGGAAAAUAUGUUUGUCGCGCAGCCGCAGCAAAGAAACCUCUCUGGCAGAGUCUUUGGCGGGUUCCUACUUCGCCGAGCGUACGAGCUCGCGUUCGCGAACUGUCAGCUCUUCUCCGGUGGGCACCCGAUGUUCGUUGAGAUGAGCGAUAUCGAUUUCACGCUUCCCGUGAACAUCGGUGAUCUCGUUCGUUUCAAAUGCAAAGUAUUGCACACGGUGAAUGCGGAGGAAGCGCGAUGCGGCAAGCCGAGCGUCUACCUCGAAGUUCGCGCCAUCGUUACCAACCCUCAUAAAGUCACCUCUGCGGUGGCUAAUAAAUUCUUCUUCAAGUUCAACGUCGCCGAAUUCGCCGAGGCGGACGGCACGACCACGGGCGAGCCCGUUCGCCUUCGCCGUGUGCUUCCCGAAUCGAACGACGAGGCGUUGUUGAUUUGGGACAAGUGCAUCCGACGCACUCUGUGCGAUGACAACGACUUUGACGUGCGCAACAACUUGAGCAUGAUGACGACGUAG